CUGCAUCUCCACCUGAGCAACGCACGCAUCCCUCGGCGGGUACGUUGACGCAAAAUACACUGCUGUAAUAUGAACUGUCGGAAGCUACUGUUCGUGACUAUUCCAAUUCAGUGCGAACAGCAGCAGCGUGGGGGGCAGCGGGGUAAUGUAGUGCAGCGGAAACAGAGCAGGCCCGUCCAAAGAGCUCUCUUUUCUACAGGCCAAUCCGAGCUGUUCUCAGUGAGCAUCGUUAAUCACCGCUGACACGGCGUCCUGAUUAGGUUAGCUGCACGUGCAUGAAUAGGCGCGGACUGCGCCUUGUUUGUUUGUAAUACAUAAAUAAACAGAGCGAAACAACACCUUCCUCUCUAAACACCUCCAAUAACGCGCUUCCGUUCCAACAGCCGAGAGAGCCGCUCCGUGUUUUACGAGCCUCUCCCCGCCGCAGUGGGAGGAAGUCGAACUACAAAGCAGACAGAGCCACUGUGCUAGCAAAAAACACCAAAAAAAUAGAGAGAAGGAGGCUUUAAGUCACACAUGUGCCGUACUAGAGGUGACGAACACCUUAAUUGAAACAAGCGGACUUGACCGACUGGCACUCAGUCAGGGGCUGCGGAAGGAGAGUCGUUCAGAGGCUUGGAGCGUUUAAGCAGCCGAGAGGCUCUGCGAACGCCGAGAACCUGGUAGGCAGGAGGCGCACGGGGCUGGCGCGGAGCAAGAAGACCUGAUCUGAACGUUCAGUUUCACACCUCUGAGGCGCGCGCCAGUGUACUGUUAACCUCAUCACUAUAAAUAUUGUUUUGGGGGUUUUUUCUUAACACUGCACGGACUAAAGAAUUUGACAGUUUGCCUCGCCGCGCAGUCGGGCAGCCAACGUUUACAGAGAGGAAGAAAAGUUAGCGUUUACCAAGCAGACUACUGGCCAGCGCUCCCUCCCCCUCCUCCAUCAUCAGCGUCACCCUCACCCCCACACUCAGUAACUCUGUGCUGGGUCUUUAGGCAGGGAGGGUCCCCCUAACGUUCGGGGUAACCGAAGAAGCAGCUAUGGAUUAUUUUUUUGCAUCUCUAUCCUCGUUCUGACUUCACCGGACUGUCGAAGACUGUUUAGCGGAAACGCUGCAAGACUUCCCCAAUACGAGUCUCCAGUGUCCUCGCCUCGGCCGUUAGCUUAACGUUGCUGAGAAAAUCGCUGCUGUUUGUCUGCCUGCAAGUGACUGUCUUUGCAACGGGAUCGAUUUUAUAUGUCUGCUGAAGCGGAAUAGCCUAAAAUAAGAGUGUCUGACUGGCCGCUCUGUAUCCUGGUGGUUAGUUAGCCUCGUGGCUAGCAGGUUUCAUUUUGCUAGCUAGCGUGGUAGCUAACUAGCGAACGAACCCAAAUAUCUAUAGUGGCAGCGGCUAGAAACCAGUUAGCUAUGUACCGCUGGAUUUGGUUUGUGAGAGCUUGAUUCAAUUCCUUUACACCUGGGCAAAAUUUGGCGACAAACCUCUGUCAGCAGUUUAACCGCAUCUUUUCCGGUGACUUUUUUUGUGCGUGAUUGACGAGACGAUAAGGAAGGUUUUGAGCCUUAACGCUGCACAGGAAAGCAGCAGCAGGGGCACAAACAGCAGCGCUGUGUGGAUACUCUGGAAUGCAAAUCAUGAAUCCUGGCUUAUCUCUAACCUCGGCUUACACGCUUUUAUUUACGCCAGGUCGCGCCUGACAGAUUAGCGUUUUGCUGCAGGAGCACAAGACUACAAACGGGCACCUUGAUGAUCCACAUCUAACCCGUUCAGCAGUGUCUCACCAGUCUAGGUUACCCCCUCUGCACUGAUCGUUAAGCCUGUCUUCCCACGGCGUGGCUGAUUUUGUGUUGCAGAGAAGGAGCAGGCAGUCCGCUAAGAUUAGAACAUUUUUUCGACAGUAGUGUUUACAUUUUAAGGAACACCCCCCUGCCCCCUCCUUCCCUCAUUCCCUUCUUCCUGAAGCACAUGCCGCACUGGAGACAGACCAGUCGUUUGGACACAGGAGGACCAGGCAAGUCCCCGGAGACCUGUAGAGCCUGACAGAGCCCGUGUGUGGUGCAUCGCACCUACCUGUGUGAGACACAUCACAGGUCCUUACUCUCUCCCCUUGCGCUACAUGGAAUCGCAAGGACGGUGGAUCUAGCGGGCCUGCUUACUGCAGAUAUUUCGACUAACCCCUACCCUAUGUCUCCCCUCGUAAGUUUCCUCUUUUACGUGACAACGAUGGUGGUUUGAACAGACUUGGAGCCGCAGACAACGCCGCCGUUUCCCAGCAGACGGUCAGCGCCGCCGUCCAUUCAUCCGGCCCCCACAGCGCGCCUUGGCCCUUGAUGUGGGUCACAUCUGGCCGAGGACGUUGUUUUUAAGCCCCUAAAUCAGAAGCCACCCUCCCCAGCCCGGUUAUUUAAUCGAUUUGGUCAUCCCAGGGUCGAAAGAUGGCGGACCUCGAAGCGGUGCUCGCCGAUGUCAGUUACUUGAUGGCGAUGGAGAAGAGCAAAUCUACUCCAGCGGCCCGGGCGAGCAAGAAAAUCAUCCUGCCUGAGCCUAGCAUUCGCAGUGUGAUGCAGAAGUACCUGGAGGAGAGAGAUGAACUGACAUUUGACAAAAUUUUCAAUCAGAAAAUUGGCUUCCUGCUCUUCAAGGACUUCUGUAUGAAUGAAAUAGAUGAGGCUGUGCCUCAGCUCAAGUUCUACGAAGAAAUUAAGGACUAUGAGAAGCUGGACUCUGAGGAGGAGCGGUUGAGCCGCAGCCGGCAGAUUUACGAUGUGUACAUCAUGAAGGAGCUCCUGUCCUGUUCACACCCAUUCUCUAAGAAAGCAGUGGACCAUGUGCAGAGUCACUUGGCGAAGAAACAGGUCCCCCCAAACCUUUUUCAGCCAUACAUCGUGGAGAUCUGUGACAGCUUGAGAGGAAACAUCUUCCAGAAGUUCAUUGAGAGUGAUAAAUUCACUCGUUUUUGCCAGUGGAAGAAUGUGGAGCUCAACAUCCAUCUGACCAUGAAUGACUUCAGCGUGCAUCGGAUCAUUGGCAGGGGCGGCUUUGGAGAGGUGUACGGCUGCAGGAAGGCAGACACGGGAAAAAUGUAUGCCAUGAAGUGUUUGGACAAGAAAAGGAUCAAAAUGAAGCAGGGGGAGACUCUCGCACUCAACGAGAGAAUCAUGCUGUCAUUAGUGAGCACAGGGGACUGCCCGUUCAUUGUGUGUAUGACGUAUGCCUUCCACACGCCUGACAAGCUGUGCUUUAUCCUGGACCUCAUGAACGGGGGUGAUCUGCACUACCACCUGUCUCAGCACGGCGUGUUCAGUGAGAAAGAGAUGCGUUUUUAUGCAGCUGAAAUCAUCCUGGGUCUGGAGCACAUGCACAACCGGUUUGUUGUCUACAGAGACCUCAAGCCAGCUAAUAUCCUGUUGGAUGAACAUGGUCAUGUUCGGAUCUCUGACCUCGGCUUGGCCUGCGACUUUUCCAAGAAGAAGCCCCACGCCAGCGUUGGCACUCAUGGCUACAUGGCUCCAGAGGUUCUUCAGAAGGGGACGGCAUACGACAGCAGUGCCGACUGGUUCUCCUUAGGCUGCAUGCUCUUCAAACUCCUCCGAGGGCACAGUCCCUUCAGACAGCACAAGACCAAAGACAAACAUGAGAUCGACCGCAUGACGCUCACCAUGAAUGUGGAGCUGCCAGACUCUUUCACUGCAGAGCUCAAAGAUCUUCUGGAGGGGCUGCUGCAGAGAGAUGUAUCCAAGAGGCUUGGCUGCCAGGGCCGUGGAGCCUCUGAGGUGAAGGAACAUCAGUUUUUCAAAGGCAUUGACUGGCAGCAAGUUUACCUCCAGAAGUACUCUCCUCCUUUAAUCCCUCCAAGGGGAGAGGUGAACGCUGCAGAUGCUUUUGACAUUGGAUCUUUUGAUGAAGAGGACACCAAGGGCAUCAAGCUGCUGGACAGUGACCAGGAGCUCUACAAGAACUUUCCUCUGGUCAUCUCAGAGCGCUGGCAGCAGGAGGUGGCAGAGACAGUCUACGAAGCUGUCAACUUGGACACCGAUAAGAAUGAGGCCCGCAAGAGGGCUAAGAACAAGCAGCUGGGCCACGAGGAGGACUAUGCCUUGGGGAAGGACUGCAUUAUGCAUGGCUACAUGCUGAAGCUCGGGAACCCGUUCCUCACUCAGUGGCAGCGCCGAUACUUCUAUCUGUUCCCCAACCGUGUGGAGUGGAGGGGAGAGGGCGACACUCGGUGUGUCUGUAUGUCUGUCUGUGCUCAUUCCACUCUGAAGGAGAGGUGGCUAAAACCUCUGAAAAAGCAGAGAGACUGGCAAAACCUGCUGACGAUGGAGCAGAUCGUAACCGUGGAAGAAACGCAGAUUAAAGACAAGAAGUGUAUCCUGCUGCGCAUCAAAGGAGGGAAACAGUUUGUGCUGCAGUGUGAAAGUGACCCAGAGUUUGUGCAGUGGAAGAAAGAGCUGACUGAGGCGUUCACAGAGGCCCAGAAACUUCUGCGUCGCGCUCCUAAAGUCAUCGGGAAAGGCCGUGCUGGAGUAGUGGAGCUUUCCAAGCCCCCCCUCACACACCGCAAUAGCAAUGGCCUGUGAAUACACAAGAGCACGCAUAUACAUAAAAACACAUGCACUCACAUUAACAGACAGACAGACAGAGACACACACACACACACACACUGCAUCCCACCUCCCACCCCCUCAUCAGCUGCAAGACACCUGCCCACAUCACCUCAGUGUGUGUGUGUGUGUGUGUGUGUGCGCGCGCGGUGCUGAUGGUGCACACACAAUGACGACCAAUCAAGAGCGAUAUAGUGAUUUUUUUUUGAUUUUUUUUUUUGAUUUUUUUUUUUUUGGGGGGGGGGGGGGUAAAUGUGUGUGUGUGUUCUGGGACCCUGCCAGUCAGUAAGAGGAAGAAAGGGUUUUGAACCAUUGGACAUUUGAAGAAUCCCCGCAUGAACUUCACAAGGACUAACGGCUGCUCCUCUCUCUGUUUGCCCCUCCUCAACCACCUCCCACACCACACACUUCGCUGUUGAAAUCACAUUAAUCAGGAAGUGUCCUCCCACUCUGUGUGCUCUCAGCAGCCUGAUGGACUCCUCCACAGAGCUGAUGCUCAGGUCCAGAAGAGACCAGGCUACCACAGAAUGUAGAAAACAAAGGCUGGUUGUCCUCAUCCAUCCCUCUGAAACAUUCCUCCCACUGUUACUGAAGUGCAAAAAGUGCCAACAUUAAUAUUUUACUUGAGUCACCUGAGCGCCCAGGAGGAUCCGCUCUGCUGGCAGAUGGCGCGCCAUCCCAACCUCCCGGACCCUCACAGUGUAUGUGUGGAAGGCUGUCGAUCAUUCCAGCGCAGGUACAGGAAGCUUCACAUUGGCUCUAGUCACCACAGAGACUGAGAUUCCAUUGGCUGACAAACAGCAGCUGGUUGCUAUGGUAGCCAUGAAGAUCGGUGUACAUGUACUGGUAACCAUGGACAACACUGUAACUAUAGUGGAGCAGGAGGGAGGCAAAGACUAUAAAGACAAUAUAAGCACCCUUUUGUCUGCGCAUCCCUGUUUUACUUCAGUGUGUUAGCUUUAUCGUGACUCCUCUGUCUGCCUUUACAGGAUUUUGUUGGUGCGGGGUCUUUCAGAGGUGGCAAGAGGAGGGCUGGGGGCUCACUCACAGAGCUGCAUUACCUCAGUUGGACUGUGUCAGUAUGAGUGCAUCAGAAUGUAAGAACCUGUUCCCAGGCAAAGCACAAGAAUCAGCAGUCUGUUCCCGCUCACACAUUGUCCAUGCAGGGCAACAGCUUGGAGCAGUCAGCUGUUGUAGGCAGACUGUGUGCAGGGAGGAGGAUGAAGACAAUAAGCUGAAGCUGAUUAAAGGAAAAAUCCACCCUCAAAUACCCCAGUUAGAUGCAUAGAUCUUCUAUAUGAGCUUUCAUGUUCAUUCUAUUUCAGGCUUUUUUUUUUUUUUCCUUUUCUUUUUUUGGUUUUUAAGUGGUUGAAAUGUUCACAUUUUAUCCCGUUGGUGUUAGCCUACAUUUCUCCAGAGAGCAGAUAAAUGCAGGUUCAGAAUAAACGAGAACAGAAUGAUCUGUGACUUAUUUUCUUUAGAUGUGCAGUAAAGUACUGAGCCUGCUCUGAGCCUGAGCAGGCUCCUGUCAGAUUUACCACCAGGCCUCAUGUUGAGGUUACACCCAGGGAAUGCAAGCGCAUUUGUCUUUGAGAAACUCCACACGAUGAUGAGUCUACAGGCUCAGUCUGGACUGCACUGAACACUUAGCCGAAGUGCGGCGGCCCUCAGUUUUCUCACAUUCAGUCUUAGCUACAGGUGGGCCCGAUGUGAAGUUUGUCAUGGCCUUUGGUCCACAUUCUGCUCGUGGCCAGCCUGGCUCGUGGCAUUUUGCCCACAGCUGGGCCGCACAGCCACCGCCGGUGCUGUGACUGAGCCCUUAGUCCUAGAAGCAGCCCGGAUUUGGGCCAAAUGUGUCUGCUGUCAGAGAGCUGCUGCACUACAUCAGAUCCAUCACGUCAGAGGACACAGAUGAGCACAACAAGUGAGCCAAUCCACUGCUCUUUAAAUAUAUGUUCAGUCUGUAGCCAGUACAGUGUUCUGAUCCCCCUCACUGCCAUCUGUCUACGUUCCUCAAGUAGGACCAUAGCUGAGCUUAAAGAAAGCUAUGUCCACGAGCAUUGUCUGCGGACCUACUGCAGUGUUUCAGGGUGGACUUUUCGUCUGUCUUCUCACCGUGUUAUGAUUUUUUUUUUUUCCUGAAUGUGACACAGUUCAGAUGAGGUGUAUGGGUUUGUCUAAAUUAUUGGACUUUUUACAGUUUGGUGGGGAACCUCACCAGGGUUCAAGGCAAGGGUGGCGCAGUGGCAGUCCAGAGUAGCGUGCAGAAGAGGAGAGAAAGCGGUUUACUUCAGGGGUUUUCUUUUCCAUCCAGUACAGUGUCCUCAUCUGUGAUGUCCAUGCAUUUCCAGAGCUGUGAUGUGUGACUCGAGUUGGAAAAAGGGUUUGUUUAGGGUGCUCUGUGAUUCUUUUUCUUUGGAGCCUUUACCAGUCAGGGGCAGAUGUUAUCGUCUUAGAGAGAAAAUGUGUCACCUCUCCAGGUGUCUUUUAUUUUUGUAAACCAAAAUGGUUUUUAUUGAAAUUUCUGUUGUUGCACCUUUUUAUCCCGAUGUGUUACUUAAUAGAUGUUAAAUGUGCCAAAUAACUGUUGCUGAUCGAGUGGAAGCCUCCUUUUCUCAACUUUUCACACCUCUCACUACCAGGUCUGGUACAGUCACACGCACGCACACACACACACUCACACUCUCACAAACACAACAUUGAUGUGGGAGUUUUGGUGGAAUCUCUGAAGGGUACAAAACUGUGACCAAACAUUUUUCCGUAGGUGUGUGUGCGCGCACUGGCUUGCACACCACGAUGCCAUUGAGACUCACACCAUCUAGCUCUGCAUACUCGUUCCUGAACGUUUUCCUCACACUGUGUGUACGUCAUGUGAGUGCGUGCGUGUGUGUGUGUGUGUGUGUGUGUGUGUGUGUGUGUGUGUGUGUGUGUGAGAGAGAGAGAGCGGAUGUGAGCCUUGGUAUUGCUUUGUAUGUUCAGCAGUAGACUUUUUAUUUGGACGUCUCACAAAUUUUCUGCUCAGACACGCUCAGCAUAAGGCAAUUUAAAAAGGAUGGCGUAUAGGAAAAAGGAAAAAAUCAAAGUAUAUAUAAAUAUAUAUGUGUAUAUGAAAUGACAAAAUGCUCUAGGUCUAUUUAAAAGAUUUAAUGUAGAAAACAAAAUGGAUUUGUUGAAGGGAGGUCGGGGUUUGAUGUGAGUAUAACUGUUCGUGGUGAAGACUUCAGCUCGAAUCUUGCACAUAAAGACUUAUUAGAGAUAUUGUACCUGCGAGUUUCAGAUGAUGAUCUUUGUUUCAAUGCCGGACUCUUUGCUCUUUGAUAUUUAUUGCGUGUGUGGUGAGCUCUCUCGCGCUGUCUCUCCUCCACGCCGACGAGCUCUCGGCCGAGUGCUCACUGUAGAAUCCUCCAGUGUCCGCCCGUCAGAAACUCUCCUCUUUGUUUGUUUUGUUUUCCAGAUGCCACAGACAAACACAAAUACUACUGGCUUUGGGCUAUUGAAAUUAAGGUCAUAAUACUGAUAUAUAAUUGAUAAUAUUCAUUGAUUAUUAUAAAAUUUAUUUUAUUUCAAUGAUUAUUUUGUUUUUGAGACAGGUAGGAAGUUUAGGACUGCUUGUAAAAACAGUUCAUGAAUAAAAAUUCUUUUUCUGUGUUGCCUCCUGUCA